AAGGCACUUCCUCCCAGUUCCUCCCCUGCGGUUCCGCCAUCUUCAAAGUCACUGAAGCAUACGACGACCUCGCCAAGCCUCUUGAAGUCCCCUGCCACCUCAACCAACCACCGCAUGUCCUCAAACUCCUACUUCGCCCUCGUCGGCACACGCGACAACCCCCUCUACGAAGCCGAGUGGGGGCCCCAGACGCGCAACACAGCCGGAGAUGCCCAGGGCGGCCAGAACAGGAAGGAGGAGCAUAAGCAUUUGAACCAGUUCAUUGUACACGCGGCGCUGGAUGUUGUGGAGGAGCUGAUGUGGGGGUCGACUUCUAUGUACUUAAAGAUAGUAGACAAGUUCAACGAGUGGUACAUCUCGGCAUACGUGACAGCGAGCGGCGCAAAGUUCAUGCUCCUCCACGAAACAUCAAACAUCGACGGUAUCCGGAAUUUCUUCCAGGACACGCAUGAGCUGUAUAUCAAGACCUUGUUGAACCCAUUCACCGAAAUAAACGCGCCCAUCACAUCCCCAAUGUUCGACGCGAAGGUGAAGGCGUUAGCGCGGAAGUGGUUAUGAGCAGAACAAAAUGUCUUCCUAGGGAUCCAGCUGGACAGGGCGACUAGGGAUUGGGAGUAACUUUUUUGGGCCUGGGGACUCUUCGAUGCGGAUCGGAUGCGCUGGUGGCAGAUGGUUGUGAGAGGACAACUAUCGGACGCAGACCGCAGAGCUGGAAAUGUACAGGGAUAUCUGUGAUCGAGUGGAUUUAGGGAGGAUGAUCAGGAGGGGCCGGAAGCGCUGAUGCGGACAGGUUAAAGAGCAGAAGGGUUUCUCUAUCGGGCGUAAAAACUGUGGCUGCCCUCGCUUCAGC